AUGGUUAGUAAUGAAUAUUUAGGCUGUAAAUUAGACACCUAAGAUCACGAAACACGUUUGAAGGUGGCUUAUGAACUCUGGCAGCAACGUAAAACAACUUUCAACUUCUUUUUAGGAUGAUGUCAUUUCUUCUUCAUUUUUACCAGCUGUAAAAAUUGGAGACAGCAAUCAAGCAAUUGGAGAAGAAAGUUUGAGGCUUGAUUUGUUGUCUGCAGCACUGAAAGAUGUUCAGCAAACUAGCCUGGAUUAUUUUCCUAAUGCAGUCUGGUUUUAUAGAAGGGCAAUGGUGGUGGCAACGGCUGUGGGGCACCACACAAACAACUACUCCACCUGUAGCCACAGCUGUCAACACUAUCACUUUAAACAUAAGUGUGCCUAAGGGCUACGUAACAAAUGGAGUUUCACUGAGUCGGACUACAGUUAGCGCAAGGGCUCCUGCAGGGAGCAUCACUUCCACAGUAUCUUCAAGUGCCACUGGAGUUCCUUAUGAAUCUACUUUGCCAGGUGGAGAAGCAGUAACUAAUUUUUCCAGAGAAAAAGCUCUCUCAAAACUGGAGUUAAAGACAGGAAAGAAAAUAAGUCAGGGGAAACAAAAGAAAACAGAACGAGGAUCAAAGGGUCAUCUUGAUCUGACAGAGCUGAUAGGAGUUCCACUCCCUCUUUCUGUCUCCUUUAUCACUGGCUAUGGAGGGUUUCCAGCUUACAGUUUUGGACAAGAUGCUAACAUCGGCCGUUUGACAAGCACUUUAAUACCACAGACCUUCUAUAGUGAUUUUGCUAUCGUAGUUACAGUAAAACCAAACAGCGAUGAUGGAGGUGUACUAUUUGCAAUAACAGAUGCCUUUCAGAAAACUAUAUACUUGGGAAUGAGACUAUCGCCAGUUGAUGAUGGCACCCAGAGAAUAAUCAUGUACUACACAGAGCCUGGUUCCCACAUCUCCCGAGAGGCUGCUUCAUUUAAAGUUCCAGUGAUGACUAAUAAAUGGAAUCGAUUUACAGUGACUGUUCAGGGAAAUGACACUGUUCUGUUCAUGGAUUGUGAAGAAUAUAACAGAGUUCAGUUUCAGAGGUCAUCUCAGGCCUUGCAAUUUGAAUCCAACUCUGGUAUAUUUGUUGGAAAUGCAGGAGCAGCAACAGGAUUGGAAAAAUUCACAGGGUCGAUUCAACAACUAAUGAUCAAACCUGACCCAAGGGCUACUGAAGACCAAUGUGAAGAUGAUGACCCAUAUGCAUCGGGAGAUUCUAGUGGCACUGGUAGCAUUCAAGAGCAGGAAGGUCUUCCUGAGACAGAAGAAGUCAUUGCAUCUUCUCAACCCCUACCCGAGGAAACAACAGCUGGACCUGUAGGAGCACCUCCAACUGUAUCAGCUCAAUCAGAAGAAAUGGAUUUCUCAGGACAUCAUAUAUUAGAUGAAACACCUGAACUACCUACAAUCAAAGAACAAGGUUCAACCAGUGCAGGAAAUGAUCAACAUGAAAGUGACGCCACUACGGUAGCCCAGGAAAUACUAAAACCAGAAGCUGGUUCUGGUGCUAUUGUUUUGCAAGGAGUGAGCAGAGAAAAGGGUCAAAAAGGUGAGAGAGGUGAAAAGGGAGAGCAAGGGCCGCGAGGACCACCAGGACAGUCGGAACUAGAAGAAAUGCAGACAGGGAUUCAAGGACCCCCUGGGCCUCUAGGAAAACCUGGGCGAGAUGGUGAACCUGGCAUUCCUGGUAAAGAUGGAUUGCCAGGUGAAAGAGGUCUUCAGGGAUUGCCAGGGUUGAAGGGAGAGGAUGGCCUUAAAGGAGAAAAGGGUGAGCCUGGUGUGGGACUCCCAGGACCACGAGGACUUCCAGGCCCUCCCGGUCCAUCCGCUCCAUUCAGAGGACUUAGUAGGCUGGAAUCUGAAGGAUCUGGGUCUGGUGAUCUUGACAGAGACAAUGAGGUUUUAAGAGGUCUCCCUGGGCCACCAGGCCCUCCAGGAUUACCCGGAGCACCAGGAAAACCUGAUUCAAAUUCAGGACCCCCUGGAUCACCAGGGAAAGAUGGGAAAGAUGGACCUUCUGGUGAGCCAGGCCCUCCAGGGCCCCAAGGACAUCCUGGACUUGAUGGAAUGGUUGGCCCUCCUGGAAAGAAAGGAGAAAAAGGUGAUCAAGGUCUUCCUGGUGCAGUUGGCCCAAAGGGAGAUGCUGGAGAUAUUGGAUCACCAGGCCCAGAAGGCCAGGCAGGUGCUGAUGGGCAGCCUGGAAAGCCUGGACCUCAAGGACCACCUGGACCACCGGGGCCACCUGGCCCAGGCUAUGGGUUUGGAUUUGAGGACAUGGAAGGAUCAGGGAGCAUCAGUUUGUUGAGUGAACCCAGAAUUCCAGGAUCAAGAGGGCCAAAUGGUCCUGUUGGGGAGACUGGACAGCGUGGGCCAAUGGGACCAAAGGGAGAAAAAGGGGAUACUGGUCCACCAGGUAUAGCAGGUUUAAAGGGUAAGCAAGGUGCAGAUGGAAAACCUGGAUUUCCCGGUGUUGCUGGACGUCCUGGAGAUGCAGGUCAAAAAGGGGACAAGGGUGACACAGGAUCCAAGGGUGAACCAGGACAGGAUGGUGCCAGUAUUGUUGGACCACCAGGGCCACCAGGACCACCAGGGCCAAUCAUGGCAGUACCACAGCUACUACUCAAUGAUACGGAUGGAAUUUCUAAUUUUACUGGAAUUAAAGGACUGCUUGGGCCUCCAGGGCCAGACGGCAGGCCCGGUCUACCAGGCUUUCCUGGCCCAAGGGGACCAAAAGGUGUCAUUGGACUGACUGGAUUACAAGGACCAAAAGGACAACAGGGUGAAAAGGGAGAACCCGGAUUUAUCGUAUCUGCAGAUGGAUCUCUAAGAGAACUAACAGGAAGACAAGGGCAGAAGGGUGAACGUGGGCCAAUGGGGCCACCAGGGCCUAUGGGACCAGUAGGACCUUCUGGACCUAAGGGAGAACUUGGUAUUCCUGGACGACCUGGCCGCCCAGGAUUGAAUGGACUGAAAGGUGUAAAAGGUGAACGGGGUGUAACAUUAUAUGGUCCUCCUGGCUUGCCUGGGCCCCCGGGACCCCCUGGACCUCCAGGGGCUGUAAUUCACAUCAAAGGAAUGGAGAAACUGAGGCACAAGGUCACCCAACAGGCUAGUAGCAGAGUCAGGAAUAGAACCCAGGUUGGCACUGCUCAUCCUGGAAACCAAGAAGCUAACAUUUAUGCAGGUAUGAAAGGCGAACCAGGCUCCUGGGAACUGCAUGGCCCACCAGGCUUAAAAGGUGAAAAAGGAGAGAGAGGCUCACCUGGACUACCAGGUCCUCCUCUGCCUUCAGCAUAUUUCAGCCACUUUGUUAACAGCAUGAAGGGUGAGAAAGGAGACAAUGGCGAAAGUGGCUUCAAAGGGGAAAAAGGAGAACCAAGUGGAGGGUUCUUUAUGCCAGGGCCUCCUGGACCCCCUGGACGACCAGGACUAGUUGGGCCAAAGGGGGAUUCAAUUGUUGGGCCAAGAGGCCCCCCUGGGUUACCUGGCCUACCUGGAUCUCCAGGGUAUGGAAUAGUUGGACCUCCCGGCCCACCAGGCCCUCCUGGACCCCCAGGACCUCCAGCGAUAUAUGGCUCAGCAGCUGCAGUUCCAGGGCCACCAGGUCCUCCCGGGGAGCCAGGAUUACCAGGAACUAGGAACCUGGUUACAACAUUUAGAAAUAUUGAUGGAAUGUUGCAAAAGGUUCACUUAGUGGCAGAAGGUACAUUAAUCUACCUGAGUGAAAGUAGCGAGGUGUUUAUCCGUGUUCGAGGAGGAUGGAGAAGAUUGCAGCUUGGGGAAUUAAUUCCCAUCCCAGCUGAUAGCCCUCCACCUCCAGCAAUUUCAGGCUAUGGAUUUCAGUCUCUUCCAGCACUAAGACCAGUUUCAACUAUUAAUCAUGGAAAACCAACACUGCAUUUGGUGGCUUUGAACUUGCCACUUUCUGGUGCCAUGCGAGCUGAUUAUCAAUGCUUUCAACAAGCCCGAGCGGCUGGUUUAAUGUCAACAUACAGAGCUUUCCUAUCAUCCCAUUUGCAAGAUCUGUCUACAGUUGUGAGAAAAUCAGACAGAUACAAUCUACCAAUAGUUAACCUUAAGGGAGAAAUACUCUUCAACAACUGGGAGUCUGUGUUUACUGGCAGCGGGGGACAGUUCAACAUCCAGAGUCCAAUAUACUCCUUUGAUGGGAGAAAUGUCAUGACAGAUCCAUCUUGGCCACAUAAAAUCAUAUGGCAUGGUUCAACUGCAAAUGGGAUCCGGCUAGUUAGCAACUACUGUGAAGCUUGGCGGACAGCUGACAUGGCAGUUAUGGGACAAGCAUCACCACUGACAACUGGGAAACUUCUGGAUCAAAAGCCUUACAGCUGCAGCAAUAAGUUUAUUGUUCUGUGUAUUGAAAACAGUUUUGUAUCUGGUAUCCGAAGAAAAUAAUUAAUCUGUUGCACAUAGAAAACAUUUGAAUUUUAUUUCAUAAAACCUUGACACUGAAAUUUAAUUUUUAAUGGUGUAAAUAUUCUAUUUUUUUAUUGCACAUUUACAAAUAAAACCAAAGAAAGCGUACCUCAAGACAGAACACUCCAGCAGGGUGGAAUUCAGGCCUGGUUUAGAGGGCUGGCAGAUGGCCUUUGGUACCACUUAAACCUCAUAUAGGGGCUGCAUGGAGAGUCAGCAGGCUGAGCAACCAUGCAGAAGUACCUGCUAAUCCCUGGUGUGCUGUGGAUCUGGUCUCCAUGUUGGCUGGGGAUGAAGAUCACUUUGGGGACGGGCCACGUGUGAUCUGAGAGCAAGACCAAGGGAAGGACCACAAAUCCAUGUUUGUUCAGAUCUACUGGCUCUGGUACCGCAAUCAACCAACCCAGCCCAUAGCAGCCCUCCACCCUGGCGGUAGAUUGUAGGGGAUGAGUUUCAUCUCCCCUUUCCACCUGAAUACUCAGAUAUGGGUUAUUUUUUAAAAAUGACACCCUAAAGCUAGGGUCCCUAAAUUCUAUAGUGCUGGGAGUUUUGAAGGCGCUUGCUGCCCCAUUUCAGUGGAGGCUGGCUAUGAACCUGACAGCCUGACUUCAGGCUCCCAUUCUUUAAAAUUUGGCAUCGGGCUUUGUGGGAGGAUUGAAUUUCAUGAUCCAUACUUUGGUGCUACUGUUGUCAGGAAACCCCCAGCAAUGUUAAUAGAAAACAUCUUGAUAGUACUAAUUGGUUUUACUGUCACAGCUGAGCACAGUAAACGCAGGCACAAGAACCAUCUGAACUUUAUUCAUUCCACUGCAUCAUAGAGGAAGCUUUUUCUUAGUGUAACAGACACUGCUGAGAGACAGACACCUGUCAUGUUUUCUUUAAAAUAGGUUUUAGGCAAUGUUAUCCCAUUAAGUUAUAUAUAAAGUGACUGCCUUGGUCUCCUGCCCCCCUGGUGAGACUGUCACUUUUUCACUGCUAUUAUUCUUGUUAAUAUGAACUAAUCCGUACUUAUAGAAAUGAUCAGUAAGUAUUAAUGUCUCACACAAACAGUAGUACCAUAACAUUUCUAUGUCUUAUCUGUAUUUUCCUACAGUAUAUUUUAACUUAAGAUAUUUACUUAUUGCCAUAAUCUAUCAGACUGUAACUAUAAAAGAUGAACUUCCACAUUAUCAUUUUGUAAGUAUAAGCUAGAGACUAGAUUGGAAAUGACUCUUCUUUUAGAUUUUGUGACUCAUUUGCCAUCAAAUCAGUAAUUUAAUACUCCAAUAGCUACUUACAUGCAAGUGAAGAUUUCCAUCCAUAUGGCUUUUAUUAUUAUAAAUGCAUUGGUUUUUAUAUGAUGUAAAAAUAUGAAAUCCAGUUUUAUUUUUCCAUUUUAAGUAAUACAAAAGCAUCUUUCCUGG